ACCAGUCUUUGGCUCACGUGGAGCAGAGCUGGAAGGAGCCGUCACAUCACAGCUGCAGCCAGGGCUGAGCUUGCCUUUCUACAUGGGACUGCAAUCAGCAACAUCAGUAUGAAGCUCUUGGGGUUUUCCCUUGGAAAAGAAAACCCCCACGUCUAGCCUAUAACCUGUAAGAUGUCAGCCUCGGUCCCCGGGUCUGUGAUCCCCAGCAGCACUUUAUAUUAGCUGUCACUCUCCACUGACUCACCAUAACCCAGCCUGCCUGACUGGUAUACAGCUAGCAAGCUGCUUGGAUUGCACAGAAAGCUACUGAUCAGCCAGCUGCUCGAUCUGUGUUUAUUUCUGCUGGAUCAUAAACUUUUUUCCUUUAUUCUGCCGGUCAUUUUACAGAUAUUUUUUUUCCCUUUGAUCUCCUGCGAUGGGACGUGGAGAGUUCACUGUGUGGAUGAUUAUAGCAGUCUGCUUUAUGAAUGCUAAAGUGUCCCUGCAAGGAGAGUACCAGAGGAAGCUGUACAAGGAAUUGAUGAAAAAUUACAACCCAUUGGAAAGACCAGUGUUGAAUGACUCCCACCCUCUUACUGUCUACUUUGGGAUGAGCCUUAUGCAGAUUAUGGAUGUGGAUGAAAAGAAUCAAGUACUAACAACAAACAUAUGGCUACAAAUGCAAUGGAUAGAUUACUAUUUGCAGUGGAACAUGUCUGAGUACCCUGGGGUAAAAAAUGUUCGUUUUCCAGAUGGACAGAUUUGGAAGCCUGAUAUUCUUCUCUAUAACAGUGCAGAUGAAAGAUUUGAUGCCUCAUUUCAUACUAAUGUACUGGUGAACUCCAGUGGACACUGCCAAUAUCUGCCACCAGGGAUUUUUAAAAGUUCGUGUUACAUAGAUGUACGAUGGUUUCCUUUUGAUAUACAGAAAUGUAACCUGAAGUUUGGCUCUUGGACUUAUGGUGGAUGGUCACUUGACCUGCAGAUGCUGGAGUCAGACAUAUCUGAAUAUAUUUCAAAUGGAGAGUGGGACCUUGUAGGUGUUCCUGGAAAAAGAAGUGAGAAUUAUUAUGAAUGCUGCAAGGAACCAUACCUUGACGUGACAUUUACAAUAAUAAUGAGGCGCAGAACUUUAUACUACGGACUUAACCUUCUAAUUCCCUGCGUGCUGAUAUCUGCUCUAGCCCUGCUGGUGUUCCUUCUUCCCGCAGACUCAGGAGAGAAGAUCUCACUUGGUAUAACAGUCCUAUUGUCCCUCACUGUGUUCAUGCUGUUGGUGGCCGAGAUUAUGCCAGCAACCUCAGACUCUGUUCCACUGAUAGCACAAUACUUUGCCAGCACAAUGAUUAUUGUUGGAUUGUCAGUGGUUGUCACAGUUAUUGUCCUGCAAUAUCAUCACCAUGAUCCACAUGGUGGGAACAUGCCAAAAUGGACUAGAAUAAUUCUCCUAAACUGGUGUGCCUGGUUCCUGAGAAUGAAAAGACCUGGGGAAGAUAAAGUCAGGCCAGUCUGUCAGCAUAAAGAGCGCAGAUGUAGCAUGACAAGUGUGGAUGUUAACACUGUAAGUGGGCAGCAGUCCAGCAAUGGCAACAUGCUAUACAUUGGCUUCCGUGGUCUGGAAGGCAUCCACUGCACACCCACUCCGGAUUCUGGUGUAAUCUGCGGCAGGAUGACUUGUUCUCCAACAGACGAUGAAAAUCUCCUUCACAAUGUUCACCACUCUGAGGGUGAUCCUGACUUAAGCAAGAUUUUAGAGGAACUGCGGUAUAUUGCUAACAGAUUUCGAGACCAGGACGAUGAUGAAUCCAUUUGUAAUGAAUGGAAAUUUGCUGCAUCCGUUGUAGACCGAUUGUGUCUUAUGGCCUUCUCUGUCUUCACUAUUAUUUGUACGAUUGGCAUUCUAAUGUCUGCACCAAACUUUGUAGAAGCGGUCUCAAAAGAUUUUGCUUAGGGUUCUGCAGUUCUAGUGAUCCUUUAAAGGUAUGUUUUCUGCUUGAUGGAUUUUUUUUUUUCUUUUUUGUAUACGAAGUAUACUAUAUAUUGAAUAUUAAACAGAGCUACACAGACAUGUGGAGUCCAAGCAUAGCAGUUUACUUGUUGAACUAAUGUCAAGAAUAUAUUUCAGGAGUCUGGGAGUAUGAUGCCCUGACUUGCUUACAUGCUCCACUGGAUCUGGAUUGGCAUUUAGAAGCUAUUAUUUUAUAAAUAUUAUAAAUAGAUUUUCUUAAUAUGAAAUAAGGUGCAUUCUAUGAGCUGAGAGGAUCUGCACAGGUCUACUGUAUGUGUCACAAAUUUUUAGUAUUUAUGUCGUGUUAUGACAUCGCUAUUCAGCUUUUUAACUGCCAUCUUGUUUUUGCCAAAAUAAAGAAGGUAUCAUGGGACAGUGUUACAGGUAAUGAUUAUAUAUUUAAUAAAAUGCCCAUUUGUAUCAAAUGUCUAAAUUAAAGAAGAAUGUGUUCAGUAAAAGAUCCAUGGGUGCUACAAAUUUCGGUCUGUAGCAGAACAUUAGGUUUCUUUGCCAGCACUUAUUAUAUAAAGAUGGAGCAGUAUAUAUUGGGUCAACACAAGUGCCUUAGCAUCUGCCUCUGCUCACUCACCAAAUGGCAGUAUGGAGGUGCCAGCUUAGGUCAUCCAAAGUCUAUUGCACUUAUGCGGCAUUAGGUAGGGGGCAGUGGUGGAGUUAAUGGUGUGAGAUGCACUAAUACAUACUACUCCAUCUGUAAAGGGGUAGAUUAAAGAUAUGUAUAAGGUAAAGUGAUCAAUCUAUUAACCAUAAUACCCUGCUUUUAAAUACUGACAAGGUGCCAAACAAGGCCUGUGAUGCAAUAAAGUACAUUGAUUUAUGAUUUUUUUGAAAAUGUGUGAAUAAAAGCCGAAUAAAAUAAAAUGUGCAUUGUU